AUGCUCUCCUUCUCCUUCCUCUCCACCGCCCUCCUCGCCCUCGGCCCCCUUUCGGCCCAUGCCAUACCGACACCUCGAAACCACAGGCAACAAAACGAAGUCCAGUCGCAGGAGAUUCCUGCUGGCUGUGGUGGUGGCGAUCUUUCGCAGAGUUCUCCUUCGGUCGCCACGACUGCCGCUGUUGUUUCUUCUUCAGUAGUAUCUUCUUCCAUCGCCGUUGUCACAUCUUCCGCCUCCUCCGUCAAAUCAGUGUCUACUGCCGCCACAUCUUCUGCCGCUAUAUCUUCCUCUGCUGUCGCCUCAUCGUCCGUCGCUUCCACCGCCGUCGCUGCAGCUGCUUCCUCUACCUCCACCGCCAGCCUCAACUCCCUCGCCGUUGCCGCCGGGAAGAAAUACUUUGGCUCCGCGACGGAUAACCCGGAGUUGACGGACACGGAUUAUGUGGCGAUAUUGAGCGACAGUAGUAUGUUUGGGCAGAUUACGCCGGGGAAUAGUUGGAAGUGGGACGCGACGGAGGCGACACAGGGGGUGUUCACGUUCACAAAUGCCGAUGCGAUCGCUACACUGGCUGAGGACAACGGGCAGCUUCUUCGCGGUCACAAUUGUGUGUGGUACAGUCAACUGCCCAGUUGGGUCUCUGGUGGGGGCUUCAGCGCGGACGAACUUUCCGAUGUCAUGACCACCCAUUGCACGACCUUGCUCGACCACUUCAAGGGCCAGACCUACGCGUUCGAUAUUGUCAAUGAGCCCUUCAACGAAGACGGCACCUUCCGCUCCGACGUCUUCUUCGACACCCUCGGCUCCUCGUACGUCUCCACAGUCCUCACCGCCGCCCGCACCGCCGACCCAUCCACCAAACUCUACAUCAACGAGUACAACAUCGAAUACGCCGGCGCCAAAGCCACCGCCAUGGCCUCGCUCGUCUCCAACCUGACAUCCGCCUCCGUCCCCAUCGACGGCGUCGGCAUGCAGGCACAUUUCAUCGUCGGCAGUGUGCCGACGGACUUGAAGACCCAGAUUCAGACGUUCGCGGAUUUGGGUGUCGAGGUGGCGAUUACGGAGUUGGAUAUUAGGAUGACGUUGCCCGCGACGGACGAGUUGUUGGCGCAGCAGAAGACGGAUUAUGAGAAUGUGGUGGCGGCGUGUAUGGAUGUGGAUGGAUGUGUUGGGAUUACGAUCUGGGAUUAUACGGAUAAGUACUCUUGGGUGCCUUCAACCUUCUCUGGCUCUGGCGCUGCGUGCCCCUGGGACGAGAACUUGGUCACGAAGCCCGCCUUCGACGGUAUCGUCGCUGCACUUUCAGCGUAA